CCUGGUAGAGUUGAACCUGGAAGGGGUGAAGGAUCUUUAUAGUCCAGCCUUGGGUUCUGCUGCCUGACUACCACUGCAAGCCCCGCAGGCCGGCUACCAGGACAGCAUGAGCGAGCAAGAGAGGGAGGCAGAAGAGGAUGAGGAAGCGGGCAGCUCUGACACAGCACCCAUGCUGCCUGGGAGGCUGUCUACCCGCCAGGCCUCCGCCCCCACAGGCCCAAGGAAGCCCGGCCUGGCCGCCCCAGGCCUCAGGACUUUGCUGCUGCCUGGGAGGGCCCUGGUUGUGCUCUUGUUCCACCUGCUGCUGCCUGGGACAGUCUUCCUGUUGGUGCUGCUGCCCGCAGCUGCCGUGGUCUACGUGGGAUUCCUGUGCCAUUCCAGGGUGCGCCCGGCCCCGAGCCCCCGCUGCCGCCCGCUGCUGUCGGACCGCGGCUCGGCCGCGCUCAUCGUGCUGGGCUUCCUCUCGCUACCGCCGCUGCUGGUGCUCGCCUCGGCAGCCCGCGCCCGCCUGGCCCGGCGCCUCCGCGCUCUGCUGCCGCCGCCGGACUGGACCCCAGGACUCCGCCGCCGCCCGGGGCCCGGCGACCGCGGCCCGGCGCACGGCCGCCCGCGGGGGGAGCGGGGGGAGGAGGAGCAGGAGGAGCCGGAGCGGCUCUGCGCCUGGGUGUGA